UCUCCAGUUUUACCGCGGUUGGAUCUGGAUUAAGUUGGAAUAUCGGGACGGUUGGUUUUAGUUCUGAUAUUGUUUCGGUUGGUUUUGUAAGUAACUGUUCUAAGGUGGAGAUAUGAAUUAGAAAUAAGAAAUCUACAUGAACUCUUAAAGCAAGACAACUUUUAAAUGUUUCUUUCAACACAAGUUUAAAGGAAAAACCAGAAAUAACUUCAGAGAUACUCUAAUCAAAUCGUAGUCAUGUCAUCACUGGAUCUAGUGUCAAGUUUCAAUACGUCACCUUCAAGUCACACCUUGUUUCAACUAAAUAUUAUUACCAUGUCAGUAAUAAUGUUACCCUGUGGUAUAGUUGCUCUCAACCGAUAUUUACCAGAUGAGCCUGGACAGUUUGACUUGAACAAAAACCGACCAUCCACCCAUCUGAGAAGGGGUCAGAAAAUUCCCAAAGUGAAAAAAGAAAACUUACCCAGAGAAAAUAACACACAUUUAGUCAGCAUGGUCGGUGUCACAGCAAUACUGAGAUGCGAUGUCCGACUCAGUGAUGUCACGGUAACCUGGAUAAAACACACUACCUAUGGUAAUGAAAGUAACAUGGAGGUGUUAAGUGUUAACACCAGCACAAUAGUCGAGGACAAGAGGUUUUUGGUUACUAAUGACAUUGAAAGAAAGAUGUGGAAGCUUCAUAUUAGGUACAGCCAGCGUAAAGAUGUAGGUAGGUAUGAGUGCCAAGUAGGAUAUCAGCCAACAUUCAGUAUAUACGUCGAUUUAGAUUUGUUUGAAGCCAGAGCUGUUAUACUGGGCCCCAGCAUCAGGGAAGUGGACAGGGGAUUCCCCAUACGACUGAGUUGCAUUCUAAACAUGACAGAGCAUUACAAAAUGUAUCGCAUUCCACCAACAUACAUGUUUUGGUACCACGGUAGCAGAAUGAUUAACUACGACCCCAAAGAUGGCGCUGUUGUCAGAGAGGGCCGUUUAGGGACAGAGUUAAUCUUCCAAAGGGCCUUACCAGCUCAUGCUGGUAAUUAUUCAUGUGUGCCCUCCAAUGCCAGGCAGGCCAGUGUACAGGUUAUUGUGCAUUACCCAGGAGAACAAUUACCUUCGGCCUCUCCACUCAAUCAAUCGUCUCCCAGUCGCUUCAGGCCCUUUUUAGGGCUGUUGUUGCUCUCCCUGAUGACGGUGGCUGUAGAAACAAGCUCUGUUUACCGAUAAGAGCAAACGUGAGGAGUGUAACCAAUGAGGAGGGCGGGGAAUGAAGAGAAUGAAUGGAAUUGUGGGGCAACUCAGAGAAGUGGAAAGGUUAAAAUACAUGACUUUUGGUGAAAUCGAAGAUAUAUUAAUGGUUUAAAAGUGUUUUUGUGAAAUUUUCGAGCUUUUUAGUACUUAAAAAUCUAAAAUUUGUUAUACCGGGUGGUUGCAAAUUUCGAACAGUGAAAAAUUAUCAUGAUUUUUUUAUCAAGCUCUAUACAGGGUUUUUCACCACAUACGACACGGAGUAUU